GCCUUCACCUGCAGAGAACAGAGCAGACGUGACUGACUCACCUGCUGAGAAGACGAAGAAGGGAAUAAUUUGUUCAGUCAGUCUUUCAAUCAGUCAGUUAGUAGAGUAGGAAACUCAGUGAGUGGAUUUUACAUCAGUGAUUCACAGAUUCAGUGAAUCAGAUCCUAUAUGUACUGUAGGUCAGAUAUUUGGCAGGUCAUUUGAACCAGGUGAUUCAAACAGAGAUUGAACGAACCAGGUGACCAGGUGAUUCAGAUAGAGACAAGGUGAGCAGUUGAACCAGUUGAAGCAGGUACCAGGUAAACCAGUUGAAGCAGGUACCAGGUUAACCAGUUGAAGCAGGUACCAGGUAAACCAGUUGAAGCAGGUACCAGGUAAACCAGUUGAAGCAGGUACCAGGUAAACCAGUUGAAGCAGGUACCAGGUGAACCAGUAUAAGUAUGUCCAGUUUGUCCAGAGUGGUCCAGUUCUCUCUGCUGCUGGUCCUCCUUCUGGCUGUUAUGGGUCAGGACUGCGCUACUUCGUGGUCCAGGGCCCGGUCCAGGGCCCGGUCCAGGGCCCGAUCCAGGGGCAGGUCAGUCUGUGUGAAGGACAGGGUCUCUCACUGUGUGGACCUGGCCAAACUGCAGGAGCUGAUCCAGGAAGUCCAGAAAGACUUCACAAACACGUCUCAUGAUGGCAGGAUCCUGUUAAAGACAGUCACCUUUGACAAUAUCAAGAAGCACAAGAAGUACCACGGCUGUGUCCUGCACAAAAUCCUGGAUUUUUAUCGGGAAGUUCUCCAGAGACAAGACAGAAAUUAUCAUGACCUUGGUGGCGUGCUGGAUGAAGUGAAGGGAUGUAUUCACCCAGUAAAGAUCUGUGAAAAGCUGGACCAGGAAGCUGCUGGGAAGCCAGUGAACGAGUCUAAGAUAGAGGAAGACUUGGAGCUGCUGUCCAAGGACGCAGCCAUUAUGCAGCUGCAGAGACUGAAGGCCGCCAAUAAAAAGGUGGUUGAGCUGUCCGAGAGGGCGACUCUGGACAAGGCCAUGGAAGAGCUACGGGGCCUGGAGGACUACAUCCUGGGGAGGGGCCUCCGCAGGAGCUGAGGAAGUAAUCAGACCGCCAGGAACUACAUACACACACACACACACACAAAUGCGUUACCGUGACUACAUUUACCGUCUUGAUGUCACGUUUACUGGCUUUAGCCUCUUGAGCUGUUUUUGCUUGUAGCCAUAUUCCCUUUAACAUGUUCUGACAUGUUCCAUGUUGUUUGUGUAUUUCACCAUCUACUUUGGAUUACUGUCAACAAUUUGAUUGACUUAGAAUUGUGUCCAAUAUUCAGUUGGGGAGAAUAUUUGCGUCCUCUGUUGCUGCUAGUAUUGAAUGUUCUGUUACUACUAGUAGUACAGGUGUUGUUGCUGCUAGUAUUGAAUGUUCUGUUACUACUAGUAGUACAGGUGUUGUUGCUGCUAGUAUUGAAUGUUCUGUUACUACUAGUAGUACAGGUGUUGUUGGUGCUAGUACUGCAUGUUCUGUUACUACUAGUACUACAUGUUCUGUUACUACUAGUACUACAUGUUCUGUUACUACUAGUACUACAGGUGUUGUUACUACUAGUACUACAUGUUCUGUUACUACUAGUACUACAUGUUCUGUUACUACUAGUACUACAUGUUCUGUUACUACUAGUACUGCAUGUUCUGUUACUACUAGUACUACAUGUUCUGUUACUACUAGUACUGCAUGUUCUGUUACUACUAGUACUACAUGUUCUGUUACUACUAGUACUGCAUGUUCUGUUACUACUAGUACUACAUGUUCUGUUACUACUAGUACUACAGGUGUUGUUGCUGCUAGUAUUGAAUG